GCCUUUUCGGACCCCAAUGAUUUGUGCACAAAGAAUCCAGGUCACUGGUUCUUCAGCGCGAGAGGUGGCAAUAAUCCACAAGCAGAGCGGAAUGUGCGGUUGACGAAGGUGGCGACUUUGGAAUCCACUUUUUUUAUGGGGGGAAGAUAGGAUAACAUUUACUUACAACACCUCAACCUCAGCUUUUUCAACUGUUAAAUCUCCCUUUCUCCAUUCAUACCUUCCCAAGACCACGACACACUGUACGACAUGCGCUGUUCUUACGUUCCGCCGCUGGAGGACGGGUAUAACGAAGACUAUGCCUCCACGCCAUUAGAUGGGUUCUUAGUUGGUCGUCCCAAGACAGUAGACGGUGUAGCCGUGCUGGAGCUAGGGUGCCAAUCG